CUUGUACUUUUUUGAACAAUGUCUAAAACUUGGUAUUACAAGCACUUCCUGUAUCUGUUGGCCUCUUUCAGAUAAAUAACUUUUUGUGUCCCCCAAUUGUAAGUCGCUUUGGAUAAAAGCGUCUGCAAAAUGACUAAAUGUAAUAAAUCCAUCAAGGCAGUUUAACUUGUUGAUUAUUCAUAAUAUUGCCCUCUUCACUCUUCUUUUCUGAAUCAGGAUAGAAAUAAGCACAGAUCAAGGACCUUUUACAGGAAAGCUUCUUGUAAGGUUCUCUAAAUGCUUCUAAACAAAUAUGUCUUGAUUUUGAUGAGAAGACAACAGUGCAUGGACUUUUUCUCUGGAGGAAGUAUUACCAUGGACUGGUAUUUUGGCUAGAAAGCAACAGUUUAAAAUUAAAUCACCUUAAUGAUGAAUUUGUUUCUUACAAACAGAUUCUUCACAAGAUAUUAAUUGAUGGACGUUAUGUUGAUUGAGGCAUUUUUAGCAGGUUUUUUGGACUCAAUUCUGAUGGCACCCAUUCACUGCAGAGGCCCAUAACUGAGCAAGUGAUGUAAUGCUACAUUUCUCCAAAUCUGUUAAGAAACUGAUUUACAUCUUGGGUGAUUUUCAGCAAUUUUAUUAAUUUUAAGUUAACUAUGUUUUUUAAACCCAUGCAGACGAUAAACUUGUGACAUUUGUGAAGUUCUGACAACUGUCCCAAGUCUUUCAAGUUGUCUCGGGUCAUGGGGCAUGCUCAUUGUUGUGUCCUGUACCGUUGAAAACAUUAAAUUCAUAAUAAUAUUGUCAUAGUUAUUUAAAGUACUGUAUUACUGCCGAGCAGAACUUAAAUAAGUCUAAAUAUGUCCAAAUAUGUCUUUCUUGUUAGAAAGAAUUGUUUACAUUUCUGUAUUUUAACGUUGAGAAACAUAACAUGACCAAAAUAUUUUGGACUAAAAAUACAAGCAAUCUUUAUACUGCAUAUAAAUUAAUAUUCUAGAAGGUGUCAAGUCUAACAUAAAGCUAAAAUAUGCCAUGUGGUGCACCUGAAUUUAGUUACUCAAGUCUCUCACAAAUCACAAUAAUCAAAUUUAAUUUACAUGACAGUCCGGUCACUUGUGUUUAAUACAGUGUUAGUUCAGUUUUAUUAAAAUUAAUAAUUUCAUUCCAAGCAGUCAUCUAAAGGUACUGGUGGGAAAUGGUUGCGUUUUCUUUACACGGACAGAUGAGGGCGCCAGAAAGCUGGAGAAAAACCUGGGGAAAAAAUAUUCAGGGGCAAAAAUGCGAACAUAACGAACAAUAGUAAAUGCACCUGUUGCUCAAUGUAGCUCCAGCUCUGGCCACACGGAGGCGGAUCGGCCGCCUGCAGCUCUCCGGUGACUGACGGGAAAAUAAAACCGCGUCCUGCGGGAGAAGUUAGGAACAGCGAGCAUCUCGCCUUGGAAUCUUAACAAAAUUCUCAUUCCAGUUUUCAUAUCAGCUGCAAAGCCACUGACUGCUGGACAGAAAGAGGGAGCAUGUCAAGUCAUCGUGGUAACACAGGGCAGGGACAGCGUGCUCAAGUUUGAGCCUGUCCCAAGAUGCACCAGCUGUUCCGUCUGGUGCUGGGACAGCGAGACCUGUCCCGUGCAGGAGACCUCUUCUCUCUGGAUGACAGCGAGAUUGAAGUCUGUCUGUCUCAAGCCCUGGAGGAAAUCAAAGUCAUAUCCUGUUCACCGGACUACUUGACAAAUGACAAUGACCAAGCGGUGGUGGAGAUCUGCAUCACACGCAUCACUACAGCCAUUAGGGAAACAGGUUCAAUCGAGAGGCAUGGAGCGGCUCUUGUGUCACUGUGGGAGUCGUGUCUCGAGCAUAACCUCCAGCCGCAGGGCAAAGAUGAAGACACACCCCAUGCCAAGAUCGCCUCUGACAUCACCAGCUGCAUCUUGCAGAAUUACAACAGGCCUCCAGUGAUGGUGUUAGCGGUCCCUGUGGCAGUGCGGUUCUUGAGGCAGGGGAACCAAGAGCUUAGUAGAAACAUGGCCAGCUACUUGUCACUGGCUGCCAUCGCUAAAGCAGAACUCCUGGCCCAACACACAGAGGCAAUCACCUGCAGCGUGCUAGGAGGAAAUGCAAUGCUGUUGAGAGUGCUGCCAUCUGUGUAUCCUCGACAACCAGAGCCCAUCCAUCAACACGUCCGUGAGCUGAUGGCGAUGAUGUCCCAGUUGGACCAGGCCAACAGACAGCACCUGCUCAGACUACUGCAGAUGAUCUCUGACCUUCACCCCCUGGUAUUGUCGUCUUUGGUGCCAUCAUUGAUCGGUUAUGUAAGUGACAGUGAUCUAGGUGACACUGCUUUGGGUGUUUUGGUGAACGUGGCUCAGGCAAGCCCCGCCUCUCUCGUUCCCUUCCUGUCCACGCUAAGAAAUGUGGGACAGAAGAACCCUUGUUUCCUGGGACACAUCGCUAAGAUCCAUGGAGCAGUGGGUCUGACUAGUGAGGUCCAAGCUCGCGGGGCGCUGCAGUAUCUGGUGUCACUGUUAGCAAGUAUGGAGCAUAGCGCCCAUCACACACUACUGCUGGAGAUUCGCUGCCUGACCGAUCGCUACACUUCCAUCCUGGGUGGCGGAGGAAAAGACAUCUACCGCAUGAGCAACAGUUUCACCGCCAUCGCUCGACUGCUGGGACGCACACUGGAGGCUGACAGCACACUUAACAGAGAGGAGGAGAAUGUGCAGGAUUUGUCCAGGCCGUGUGAAGCUGAGUCUGGUUCUGACAUGUUCGCUGAGAACACGCGACUGCAGGUGAAGAUCCAGGCUUUUGAGCAGAAGAUGGGUAAUGAGGUGGAAGAAUUUGAGGAAGAGAGUGCUUCUCCUGGUCCUCAGAGACGCCACAGUCUGAUUCAGGCAGCACGAGACGAGCACAGAGAGAUGAGGUUCAACAGGUCAAAGAGUCUGGCUCUUCAUGCUGUACGCACACGAUCCAUUAACUCUGACAGCAGUCCAGAGGGAGAUGGGGUGGAUCUGAGCGCAGAACUCUCUGUCUGUGUGGCCAUUCCUGGUUCAGAGACUGGUUCUGCCCUCACGACCCUGCAGGAGAACCACAAACUCGCAGAGACUCAACCUGACACGUCUCCAAACAGUGAGGGGCUAAAGGUGGCGGAUGGAGAUCCCCGGGAGGGAGAUCGACUCUGGAUCCACCUAAGAGACAACAUGGAAGAAAUCAAGACCUUCUGUGCAGAAAUGAUCAAGCAAAUCUCCAUACCUGAGCACUGUGUCAUUGAAGACUCACACCGUGGCUGUGUAGCUAAGCUGUCCUUCUCCUGUCCACUGAAAGGACACUACUGCCUGUACGGGAAGUCCUGUUUCUCACUGUGUAGCCCUCAGCCACACCUCUGGAUCCAAAUCAUGCUACUGGCACUGCAGAGUAAAGUGAGCGAGGUGUUGUGCUGUCAAGAUGAGUGUGUUAAGCAGCUAAGGAAACUUUGGGAGAAAACACAGCUGACUGGAGCUCACAGCUUUGAAGUGGCCAUGACUCAGACAACUGUUCUUCACAAGAAGGAUGUGGACAGUUUGCAGAUGUAUCUGGAGGAGGUUCGUUUCUUUGACCUGUUCAGCUACAGUGAAGAGGAGGGUGGCUGGCUCUGUUUCAUGUGCAGUAACCCUGAGAAAGCCACAGUUGUUAACCAGGAUGGCCAGCCACUCAUUGAGGGGAAGCUGAAAGAGAAACAAGUGCGCUGGAAGUUCAUCAAAAGGUGGAAAACUCGUUAUUUCACCCUCGCUGGCAACCAGCUUCUCUUUCGAAGAGGAAAAUCGAAGGAUGAACUGGACAACAGCACAAUUGAACUUAGCAAAGUGCAAAGUGUUAAGGUGGUUGCAAAGAAGAGGCGUGACCGUGGACUGCCCAGAGCCUUCGAGAUCUUCACAGACAGCAAAACCUACGUGCUGAAAGCUCAAGACGAAAAGCAUGCAGAAGAGUGGCUGCAGUGUAUCAAUGUAGCUGUGGCCCAGGCCAAAGAACGAGAAAACCGCGAGGCCACCACAUACCUGUGAUACUUGUUCUGCUGAGGAUCCUGUGGGUUUAUCAAGUCAGAUGGGUGCAUCUUAUUGCCAUAAUUUUACAUUAUGAUAGUUUAUUAACAUCAGGGACAAAUGUACUGUCUCAAAUGCCACCUUCAACCUUUGCAGUCAUCCUCCACAUAAAUUUUUGCAAUGGCAAGCCACUAAGACUGUCAAUUUGUCCUUUGUUAUGGUGAGCUUGGCAAAGGGCAUCAAGGGCACAUUGUGACCAAGAAGGAUCCCUCAGGAGAACCCUUAUGAAUCAUGAAAUGAUCAAUGGGACAUUCUACAGUUUUAUGGACA